AUGCAAUUACGACGAGAUCGAUUAACAUAUUUUUCCUUUAUAAUAAUUUUUUGUAUUAUUUUUUUAUUUUAUCAAUAUCAAUAUGCAUCGAAUGAUUCAUCACGAAUAGUACCAUUUAUAUCAACAAUAAUUAAAAAUGAAAAGUUUAAAAUUUUACCUAAUGAAUAUUCAACAAUAUGGUUUAAAGAAAAUUGUUUUCAAAUAAAAAGUUCACAUAAGUUUGCAGUAGAUAAUAUUCCAAAUUAUUUAAAUAAAGCUCGUUUAUCAACGAAUCAAAUCUGCCAAGAUUUUGUUAAAAAAUUUGAUGCAUUAUUUCGUCUUGAAGAAAUUCAUGGUUCAUUGAAACUAUCACCAAUUUAUUUAAAGAAAAUUAAGCAAUAUUUUAAUAACAAUGAUGCACUUAUCGAACAAAUAAAAAAUCAACGUAUAAUUAAAAUUUACAAUCGACACACACAUGAAGAGAUGCUAUAUAAUUAUAUGCGAAGCCAACGUCCACAAACUAAAAGCGAACAAUCUGCCGAAAGCUAUACGUCAAAAUUGAUGGAAGAAAGCAAGAAAAACUGUGAUUUUUGUGGAAAAAACUAUCUUAAUUCAACAGCUGAAGAUUCAUUUGGACGUCUUGAACGUACUCUUUCAUAUACUGCAGCAAACACCUUUAAAUAUGAUCAUUGGCAUACAUUGAUUGUAUCACGUAAUCAUGAUACAUUACAUUUAACAGAGGAUGAAAUUGGUGAUAUGUUUGAAUUAGCAAAAGAAUGGUUUCAAAAAGCUUAUGCAAUUGAACAAACAUAUACAUGUCCAGAAAUGAUAUGGGAUGCUAUGCCGAAAAGUGGUGCAUCACAAAUGCAUACACAUCUUCAAGUUAGUUUAGGUUUUGAUAUUUAUUAUGGAAAUAUUGAACGAAUACGACAAGGUGCUCGUCUUUAUGCACAAAUAAAUAAUGGAAGAAAUUAUUUUAAUGAUUAUCUCUAUGUUCAUCAAGCAUUAGGGUUAACAAUACCAAUUGGAAAUGUUCAUAUAAUUGCUCAUCUGACACCAAUUAAAGAUCUUGAAAUAAUGAUUGUUGGUGAAAAACUUGAAAAAGAUUUUUAUAAAGCAUUACAUUUAAUUUUUCGAACUUUUGUUGAUGAUCUUAAUGAAUACAGUUUUAGUUUCGGAAUGCAUUUGCCACCAAUGAAUGAAUCAAGUUCAAGUGGUCAUGAAUUGCCUGUUAGCUGUCGUCUUGUUUUUCGAAAUCCUGUCACCAAUUUACGAGCAGAUAUGAAUGGACUGGAUUUAUAUACGAGUUCUGUGAUUGGUAAAGAUCGUUAUGUGCUGUAUCGACAAUUAAAAGAAGGUAUAACUAAACGUCAAAACUAA